UUGUAGUCCUUAGAUUUCGCAAGAUGGCUUCCCCAAGUCCGGUCAGAGAGAGGGGACGUAAGUUAUAUAUCGGAGGUCUUUUGGAGAAUGUUGUCAAAGAGGACAUACUUCACGAAUUAGAGAAGUACGGCGAAGUUGUUGACGUUUGGAUUGCGCGAAAUCCCCCCGGUUUUGCGUUCACGGAGUACGUCAAGAGCAGCGAUGCCGAAAAAGCUGUGCGAGCUUUGGACGGUGUGACUUUGUGCGGGUCCCGAGUUCGUGUUGAGUUUGCUCGCGGUGGCCGCUCCAAAAAGUCGUCAGGACCUGGCCCCCGAGGAUCUCGUUCAGCUGGCCGAGCUUCAUCCAGACGCUACGGAUCUCCACGACGAAACGGAAGGUACUCCCCUCCGUACGAAGGAUCUCGUUAUCCUUACGAUCAACUGGCUUCGUUCUACCACCCGGAUGUCGCCAACGCCGCCGCUGCCGCUGCUGCUGCUGGUUUUCCUUAUGGCAUGGCUGGCUACCCGCCAAUGCUGCCAUUCAUUCCACCUGAAGACCUUCUUCGUAGCUUGCAACCCCGUCGUCGAUCUCCGAUGUUUCCUCGAGGUCGCUCUCCUAAUUAUCGCCGAAGGAGCCGAAGCCCGCUUGGUGGUAGUAUGCGAUCUCGUGGGCGUAGCCCACCAAUAACGUAUGAUGGAAGAGAUCCUAGCCGCCGGUCGGCUGUCGACGGUCGUGGGCCUUUCGCUGAUUCAUCACGCAGCCGUGGGCCCCGGAAUAUGAGGAAUGGGUAUUCACCACCCCCAGUGGGAGGCAUGGGGGGUAGACGAGACGAUUCGCGCAUGCGAGGUGCACCAGAUGAUAGAAGGAGGCGCUAAAAACGUUCAGUGGAUGUUUUAUCGCAUUUGGCUGUACUAAUUAUAGCCUUGUUUAUUAAAAAAAACUUGUCAACGUUUUGUUUUUUGACUUUCCUCGUAGUCCACACUAUCAUCUCUCGCACAGCUUUUUGCUCCCUCCACCACCACCGGCACCUGAGUUAGUUUGUUGUUCUGUUUGUAGCCAAAUCACGAACAUUUUGUUUCAGGCCCUGCCCACUUUCAUGGCAUUGGUCUGUUCCCGUUGUUUGCAUUCUUCAUCUGCCCUUACUUCCUAUUUGGUAGCUUGCACUUUCCCUACGUCCAUCCGGCUUCGCCGUAGCAGCUGUUCGCGAUCAACGAGGAUCCUAAGAUGCUCCCGCGACAUCAACAUGUCCGAACAUAUACAACCAAAUAACAAGAUAAUUCACACCUCCACUUCGGUUAUCAUGAGGGUGUCCUAGGUACUAGUUUUCGAAUCAACACACAUUAGGAGUAUCCAAUGUAGGUGCAAUUGCAUAUUGUGUGCAAAAGGAACCAAGUUAUGUGACCUUAUAACAUAGUGGCACGAGCGCUGAUCGAAAACUUUUGUCAUUUACGUUUUGGAAUUAGUGACGACAAUGAGUACAUAGGAAAAAGUAUAUAAGAUUCAUGGUCUGCUUACCUGGCGUGUUGUAUGCAGCGGAUAACGCAAUUUUUGAGCUUUAUCAUU